GCUGCCAGGUCACCGCCCGGCGCGGCGCGGCACGGCACGGGGGCUCUGCGGACCCGGCACCAUGGCAGCGCCGGAGAAGGAGAGGGAGGCCCAGAAGCUGCGGUUCGGACAGUGGCUGCUGAACGCCAUCAACAGCGGGAGCUACCCGGGGCUGCGCUGGAUCGACCCUGCGCGCACCACCUUCCGCGUCCCCUGGAAGCACAACGCCAGGAAGGACAUCACCAGCAGUGACCUGGAGGUCUUCAAGGCCUGGGCAAAGGUGAGCAGGCGGUACGAAGAAGGCUCCGAGGACCCAGCCAAGUGGAAGACCAACUUCCGCUGUGCCCUGAGCAGCACCCACAUGUUCAAGCUGGAAGAGGACAAUUCCAAGUGUGGUGAUGACCCCCACAAGGUCUUCUCCAUUGUCUCAGCCAACCUCCAGCACAGCAGGGAGGGAGCUUCCAGCAUCCCGAACCUUGUGGUGGACCAGCAGGCAGCACAACAGCAGCAGCAGGCACCACAACAGCAGCAACAGCUGGAGCUCCACCCCCAAGAUGUGGCCUCAGCAACUGCUGUCCCAAGAAGCACCGACUCCACACAGCUGUCAAUUCUGGAGGACCUGCUGCAGCAGUGUGACAUCUCUCCCCACGACCUUGACUCGCUGACCCCAUCCUGGGUGCCCACAGGUGCUUUCCCUGCAGGGAACACUCCCCACCAGGACACCCUGCUCCAGCCUUACGCAGACUCCAGCCAAAACGGCUGCUUCCAUCCCACGACAUUUGCACAGUGGGUGCCCACGGUGGAGCAGCCCACCUUGGACACCUACCAGCCAACGAGCCUCAUGCCACCUGAGGAGACUGGGGUCAUGGCACCGCCGUGCCACCUGACGGAGGGCACGGUCCCCGUGCAGUACGCGGCAGAGGUGGCCCUGUUCGUGCCUGCCGCCAGCCCCGUGCCACAGCCACGGCUGCUGCUGGAUAACACAGAUGGCAUCGUCUCCAUCCUGGACGUCACCAUCUACUACCGGGGCAAGGAGUUCCACCGGGAGGUGGUCGGCAGCAGCCGCUGCCUGCUGACGUACCAGCCCCCCAGUCUGCCGGAGAGCCCGUGCCCCUGGCACGUGGUGCACUUCCCCAGCCCCGCCAGCGUGCCCGACGGCAAGCAGCGGCGCAUGACCGAGGAGCUGCUGGGCAUCGCGGGGCUGCAGCUGGAGCAACGCGCCUACAAGGUCUUUGCCACCCGCUGGGAGAAGUGCAGGGUGUUCUGGGCCUUGUCCCAGCAGCUCGAGGGGGUCGAGGAGCCCCCACCCAACCUGCUCUGCCGGGACCAGGAAACGCCCAUCUUUGACUUCAAUGAGUUUUGCACAGAGCUGAGGGACUUCCGCAACGGCCAAAGGCGGCGAUCCCCUGACUUCACCAUCUACCUCUGCUUUGGGCAGGCCUUCUCCAAGGCCAAGCCUAAGGAGUCCAAGCUCAUCCUGGUCAAGCUGGUGCCCAAGUUCUGUGAGUACUACUACGAGCAGGUGCUGCAGGAGGGAGCCUCCUCCCUCGACAGCCACACCAUCAGCCUGCAGCUCUCCAACUCCUUCGACCUCAUGGAGCUCAUCGAGCAGUACAACAUGCAGCUGGGCUGAGCCCACCUGCCCUGCUCCCCAUGGCACAGGCAGCGGGACCACGGGGCAUCCCAGGCUCUGCAAACCAGCACCCCCCAGCCCAAGGACAGCUUCCCUGACCAGUCCUGGAGCUCACACACUGCUUUUCGCCUCUGUCAGCUUCUAGCAUGUGUUUUUGUGGAGUGGGUAAUUUACAGAUUUAUUUUCUUAAUUUUUUCCAAGGUAAAAUACAUAUAUGUAAGGAAACGUAGUUCUCUCUUGCUGCUGUUGCCUGGGUAUCUGCCUCUAUUAUCAGUCUAAAAUCUUUACCACCCUCUUCUAUCCCCAAAACCAUGGGGGUCUGUGCCCAGCCUUGUCUCAGCAACGUCCCUGCUGGCAGGGGCAGGCUGGUAUCAGCUUUAUCAGUGCCUUCUUCCCCUUAAAUUUGAGUAGAUGAGAUGGCUUCCAGGGUGAAGAGAUGCAUUUAUCAAUGCAUUUAUUUUCAUGCAUUAAGGCUACAAACAUGACUUGCAAGCAGAAUGUGUUGAGGACAGCUUGGCUUGGGCUAAACAAAAUUCUUCGUUGAGCACUGGCCCAGACUUACUCACUGGAGAUGUUCUGGAAAAAUAAGGCAGUAACUACAACACGAAACAUCAGACCGCCAGCUCAGAGGUGCGGAGGGGCUGGUAUCUCCGGGAGGGGUGUGGAAACCAGAGGGCUGCCUGAAGAUGGGGUGUUCCCUCCCCAGGCUGCAAGCAACCGCACCCCCUCAUUUCAGGAGCCUGCCCAUCCCUGUUGGUCCCUGGGCAAGGGGAGGCAGCAGUGUCCUUACCUGCCAAGUGACCUGGACGCUGCUGGGCCCAAAGGUGGUGCUCCCGUAGCUUGUCACGUGAUAGUGAGCAGAGGGCUGUGCUGGGGGCUCCUCCAGUGGCCUGGGUACUGCGGGAAUGGGUCACCCUUAGCACCUCAGCUCCAUGAAACUCCCAGCCCUCUUUCCCCUGAGCACAGUUGCAGCACAAACUCGGCUCACCUUUGGGCAGGAACAGCUCUGCACCGAAACGGUGCCCACGCAUCCGGCAGGUUUUAACAUCUUCCUUUGUCCUGUGGAGGAAAAAGCCCAGGAAAGAAGGAGCAGGAGCUGCCCUCAGCACUUCCCAUGGAAUAUGAUACCAAGCAAUGGAAGAGGCUUGCUCUUCCCACCCUGAGGUUGGUGGGACAGCUGCUGCCCUCCCAGGUGCCUGAACACCUUCAACUCUUCAUGACACAGGGACCUGGGGGCACAUGUCCAGAGGGAACAUUAUGUGCCUGAGCCCCAGAGCCUCAGCUUCUUCACCCUUCCCUCCAUGCUCCAGUUUCCCACAGCAGUGAGUGCUAACACCACCUGGGACACGAGCUGCCAUGGUCGGGAGAAGGGCACUGUAGUGCCUGGUGAGUUUCAUGACUAAUUCCACGCGGCUUUUAGAAGCUGCCCGGCCACACCAGGAUUGCAGUAGUGACCACCCCGGUCCCGCCCUUGCUCGGAGGGCACAGCGUGUACGUCCGGCCAGAGGAACCCCGUGGGACAGCUGGAUAUUCUGCAGGGAGUCCACACACGUGCAGCCCCAGCCACUCCUCAGCGAGCUUCCGGAUGAUGAGCGCAACUGCCACGAGGAAGUCCCAGGCAAACUGGAACCCUUCCAGGCAAAAAGAGAAUGUCUUGUUUUCUUACAGCCCCCAGCCACAGCAGCCCAGGAGAUUCUGUUGUGACCCACAAAUCACUUCCAGCCCACAGCCUCAGCUGUCAGACCAACUCCAUUUCUCCAGUCAACCAAACCUCCAUAAGGAAUCUAAUGAUAUGUUGGAAGAGCUCCCCAACUUGGGUGGCCUUUUUGCUUAUCACUUGAAGACCCAGCCUUAGACUACUCUGCUGGGGCCUUCUGGGAAAGGACAACCCAUUUGCUCCAUGACAAGAAUGAAAACUUGACUUUCCACUUUCAUGUGAUACCUUUAGAGGAGUCCUGAACAGAAUUGCAUGGAGAAAUGGGAAACCUUUAAGUGGACUGCUGGUGGAUCCAGGCCAGGCCAGGACACGUGGCAGAGGCUUCUUGGAACACUUCCCAUAGGGCUGGAGGUGGCAUUGGCAGAGCUAAGGAGAGACAUGGGGUUGGGAGUCAUAAAAUAUGGAUCUUCCCUGUCCUUUCUGAUGGCUUCCUGCAGCAGAGCUCCAGGUAGCUGUAGGCCCUCUGGUUAUUCUCUUUGAU